CUGCAGAUGAAGACACCGGAGCGUGGUUCUCUGUUCGGAGCCCGAGCAGAGCAGAUGGAUGUUAUUGCUAAGAGGAGGUUGGCGUGAGGAAGCCCAGAGAGAAGACAGUCGGCUGAGCCCAUGUGACAGACAUGAAGAUCCUGUGCUAUGGACCAGUGCGUCCGGACAGACUGGCUUGUACCGCUUUAUCCUCUGCAGUCUUGUCUCUCCUCUAUCUGCUUGGUUCGGUCCAUGGCUGUCCCAGACCCUGCACCUGCUCCAAUAACUCCACAAACUGCACUGGGGUGGGCCUUGUGUCUCUGACCCCCAUCACAUCCCUCCUGGACCAGGACCUACGCGAGCUGCACCUCUCCCAAAACAACCUCUCGUCUCUGGGUCACUCGGAACUGUCCAACCUCAGUUCUCUGAAAUUCCUGGAUCUAUCUAACAAUUAUUUUUCAUUCCUACAUGGGGGAGUGUUUUCCAGCCAGACAAAUUUAAGAUGGUUGAAUUUGUCUGGGAACUACCUCGGAGGUCAAACAACAACCGUAUCCGGCCACAUGAAUAAUUUGGAGAUUAUUUUUGGACUAAAUCAAAGUCAUGGAAGUAUCGGGAUCAGUAAGGAGGUUUUUAGGGGGUUGUUGAGACUAGAUAUAUUGGACUUGUCAUUGAAUGGGCUACUGUGGCUGCCCAAAGGCCUGCUGGACGGGCUAGAGGGGCUGGUGUGGUUGUCUUUAGCCGGAAACAGACUCACGUCCCUGGACAGAGCUACGUUCGAGCCCCUGGUGAGGCUCCAGCAGCUCCAAGUCAGUGGUAACGCUUGGGUCUGUGACUGCAAACUGAGGGACUUUAAGCACUGGAUGGAGUGGCUCAUUUACAGAGAUGGGCAGGUGGACUCGAUGCGCUGCAGUCUCCCGGGGAAUCUCAAAGACCGAGACAUCCGCAACGUUCCGGCCGAAAUGUUCAGCUACUGUCUGCACCAAAAGACAACCAAACCCAUCUCCACCUCAACCACCACCACCACCAAGGACGCCCAUUCCACCUAUGCCACCAGGCCGCCCUGCCCUCCCGGUCGGAUCCAGAAUAAUGAAGAUUGCGUCCGCCAGCGCUACCGACCCGCUAGUGUCAGGAGGGCCCACGGGACGCAGAUCAUCGCGGGUGUGGUGUGUGGGACGGUCUGUGUUAUGAUGGUGGUUGCAGCGACGUAUGGUUGCGUCUACGCGUCCUUGAUGGCCAGGUACCAGAAGGAGGUGAAGAGCAGGGGCCAGCCACUUAUGGCAGAGUCUGGGGCGGAUACGGAUCUGGAAGACGGGCAGAUGUCUCCCAGUUCUCCAGAAGAAUCGCCGCCAAAAGAAUCCGGGGGUUUUGUGCAUGGGUAUAGGAUCAGCAGCUUCUGA